CUGCAACUGCAACCCAAUGCGCAAAACUGUGCUCUUUCAAUGAUCCGCCAUUCCCACGGGCGUCAGCGACUUUGUAACCUUUUCGCCCUUCCCCCCCAUUCUAUCCAACAUUCAAUAUCUUCUCGGGACCUGCGAUCCACACACGAAGCACCUGCAUAUCGAGAAAGUGGCCCCCAGGACCCCAUAAUGAUUAUUCGAGCAGUCGACGGUUGACGUUUCUCAAAUCGCUACCUUCGAAUCCGAAUCCUUCCAUCAUCAUCUUUCACACCGAAAUCUGAUCAGACCCUGACUUCACUCUUUCUCACUGUACCUAUUACUUACCACCAACUAUCGAGAUAUUCAUUUACAUCUUUUCAUUUUCGUAUUCGCCGUUACCUGAUAUACGCAUCCUAUUUCAUUCGUCGUGUGUAUUUAUCUUGUUUUAAUUAGUACCUAUUUUUAUCUAUUUCCCUAUCUCACAUGAAUAAUCGGGUAAUUCGAUCUCGCGAGUCAACAAUUUCCUGACGUUGACCCAACACAUCACAUCUUACCGACAGCGAUCAUUUCAUCUGUACAGUACCGAUUUUCGACGUCUAUGCGCACCCGGCAUACAUGACACCAUACUUGAUAUCAAAUUUGUCGCAAAUGCGCAAAUGACCACUAUCCGUUUAAUUUCCUUUGCGGUCCAUCGCUAGUUAUCUUCAGCGUAGUCUCCGGCGGAAGCGCAUCCCGCGAACGAGACACUAUGGAACGGCAGAAUCACAUGUCUUUCCCCCCGCCGACUCACGAUCAGAAGCACAGUCUCCUUCACCCAGAUUCCCGACACAUAUCACCGCCUUCCGAUCCAACGGCCGGCAUAUUCGAUCGAUUCGACCGGUCGUUUAAACUUCCUCUGUAUCCUCCGCCGUCUUAUGCGCAAGCUCACGACCCCGGGGGUUUAAGGUUUCCCGAUCCACCAAAGGCCGAGCUCGCACCUCUCAAAUUAUUGAAUGCGCCGAGUUACGACGACACGAAACCCAACAACAACCAUCUCCCUUCUUUAUCUACCUUAACAGCUUCGUCUAAUCCUUUAUACACCCCGCCUAACCCACCAGAACCAGCGUACUCUCCCCCGGAAGCGUCGCCGCUCAGCCACUGGCCGAGUCUUAAUCCUCUCACCGCAUAUUACAAUCCGAGUCAUGCCCAAGACGCCGAGUCGCCUAUGCGCAUGGACGUAGAUGCGAGUAGUAGCAGCGGCGUGAGUGCUCCGUCGCCAGAUCGCUUUCAGGAUGGGAGGGCCAGCAGCGUGAGUCUGGACGAUCCAGACGUGCGAAUGGCUGCCGAGGCCUUGGGCGAUCUAAGAGCAGACUUCAUCUCCUCUCCAUCGAACAAACACGCUGCCACCCCUGGUUCGCCAAACUCACAGGCGAAUGGCUCCCAUUCAGAACCGCUAAUCUCACUACUAACUACAUCUCACCCCCUACUGGCUACGACGAUCGAAGGAGCCACCUCCGCAUAUGUCAGCUCUAAGAACUACUCCCCGAGAUUCAAAUCGAGCGCCGAAUACGUAGAGGGGUAUGUCAUCCCUAUCGCAAACACGGUGGGAUCGGUCGGCCGCGUGACUGGUGUGGAAGGUGGUGUUCGAUGGUUCUUGGGUGGUGGAAGAAGACACAAGUCUCAAAAUUCCGAUAUCGAAUCUGCUGACAUGGGUUCGAACAAGCGUCGGAGGGUUGACGGAACCGGUACUUUCAAGGAAACCACACCAGAACCUGCAUCUGGCGCGCAGACUCCGAGAGCGUUUUUCGAGAAUUCAUAUGAUCGCCGGCUCUCGGUUGCAAGCACGGUAGAUACCCUACCCGCUUACGACGAGCUUCGAUCUCCGCCGUAUGCCGAACAAUUCGUACCACCAGAGACACGUUCGAACAACGCGCCGUGGCAAUCCCGUCUCAUCAUGUCGACAUCUGGCCUGAGCAUUGCUAUGAGCGAGGAAAGUCUACGUAGUCUCAAGUAUUGCUUAAGCUGGCUUCGAUGGGCUAACGUUCGCAUCGGUAAUGUCAUCAACGCCUUGAAAGCGACUAUGGAGAAGUAUGAAAGGUCCGAAGCUGGACAAACCGAGGGUGAUCAUUCAAUGGGUGGUACAUCCUCUGGUGAACAGACUGAUAGGAAUCAGCUCGCGGCCAAGAUUGCGGAAUUGAGAAUGGACGUACUCAAGACGCUUCAGGAUGUUAUCAACACGGUCAGCAGGUAUGCAGGUGGCUCUUUGCCAGAGAACGCAAGGGAGCUCGUUCGACGUCAUUUGACGAGCUUGCCUCAAAGAUUCAGAGUAGCAAACAUGGUCGGCGAAGGCCAACGAGACGGGCACCGCGCAGAGGCUAACGGAGAGGAAAGUCCAGAAGCGCAGGAAAAGGAAACCCGCGAGAGUGCUCAACGAGUGUUGGUCCUUGCUAAGGAGGGUCUCGACAUGAUGUCUCAAGUAUCUGGGGUUCUCGACGGCACCAUCGUCAGCGCGGAAGAGUGGUGUGAUCGAUUGGGGAGAAGAAAGCGAGAGCAGCGAGAAAGUCUGCUUGGGGAACCGCACGUCUCCCAAGCACCUUUAGAUGAAGUGAAGAUCGGGUGAACGGGUGAAUGGUUGAAUGGCUCAACAGCAUGCAGGUAAAAGGUAUGAAAAAUCAAAGGCGUUUUACGGGGAAGACAAAAAAGAAAAUGAUGCACAUAAAAUCGCAGGAUAAAAAAAAGGUUACGAGGGAUACCGAGGGACGAAACGAAGAGCCAAGGUCUGGAAGGUCUAGGUUCGGCUGAUUAGCGAAGGAUGUUGAACUUGGCGAUCUUGGAUCUUGGACGGGACGAUUUACCACCAGCUCACGUAUGCUGACGACCUUGGUCUCACUUGACCGACGACAUACUUUUAUUUCCUUACCAUCACGAAUCUUGCUAGAUACAGCUUAUACCCAUAUGGCGGAUAUUCGAGCGCUUUGCCGGGCGUCGUGAUGCUGCUCUUGCUGUCU